ACUUUUUCCCAUGAAUUUUUAAGGUGCAUGCGUAGUUAUACAAGGUUGGAUCCUUAUAUAAACUUUUUCCAAAAUUAAGAUACAUUUUUUAUAAUUUCCGAUAUCUCUUUUAUCAUAUGGAGUUAACCAUGGUGAUGGUUUUACCAGCUGAGUAAUGUGAUACACCUUUGGAAGGAAGCGCAGAGGGUGCUGAUUUGUUAAAUGGGGAUUUCCUCGUAUAGGGUCUCAUAAAUUUUUCCCUUUACUAUUAAUGGAAGUCCAUAGAUUUUCCACCGGAUAAAGAUUUUCGUUCUGAAAACCCUAGAAAAUCCCUUCUCUUCCCUGCGAAGCCAGUGAUCCAUCUUUCUUCCACAGCUCAAGUUCUGAGUCAUGGCAUAUGAAGAUGAUCCUUACCGUGAUGAGGAUGGAGAGCCAUUGAUGGAUCCGGACAUGGGUUCGGAACCAGAAGAAGAUUGGCGAACGGAGCGAUCACCCACGCCAGUCAUGGAUUCUGGUGAAGAAGAUGAGCCUAAAGCUAAACCUAGAAAGCGGCUCAUAAAGAAGAGUAACAAGGAAAGCUCGCCUGAAAAUGAUUUUCUGGCUGAUGAAGUUCAGGAAGAUGAGGAUUUUUCAGCUGGAAAGUUGAAGGGAAAGGAGGGAUCGAGCAAGAAGAGGAAAUCAAAGGAAGAAAGGGCGCACAAGGAGAAGAAAAUUAGGGCAAAGUCUUCAGAGAGAAGGCUUGGCAAGAGUUCAAAAGGUAAAGAAGGUUUGCAGGAUCAUGGGGGUGAUUCAGAGAUAAAGGAGUUGUGGGAUUCGAUUGCUGGUGCAGAUUCUGAGGAUGACCAAGAGGGUGUUAGGACUAAGGAUGAUGAAGCCUUCAUUGAUGAUACUGGAGUUGAACCAGCUCAUCAAUAUUUGAGUGAUGGUGAAGCCGGUUCUGCUGGAGAUGCUCCUCAGGCAGAAGAGGGGGAGGAGGACGAGGAAAUUAAACAGCUUUUCAAGAUGGGGAAAAAAAGGAACAAGAAAAGUGAGAGGUCAGCUGAAGAGACUGCAAUGCUGGUUGAGCAGUUUAUGGCAAGGCUUGAAGUUGCUGCUGAAGAAGAUGCAGAGCUAAAUCGACAGUCCAAACCUGCCAUCAAUAAGCUUAAAAUGUUGCCAAUGCUCACAGAGGUCCUUUCAAAACGGCAGCUCCAACAAGAGUUUUUAGAUCGCGGUGUGCUAUCUGUACUAAAAAAUUGGCUAGAGCCCCUGCCAGAUGGAUGUUUGCCCAAUAUCAAUGUCCGAACUGCUUUACUGAAUAUCUUAGCUGAUUUGCCGAUUGAUGUGGAGCAGUUUGACAGGAAAGAACAACUUAAAAAAAGUGGCUUGGGAAAGGUCAUUAUGUUUUUGUCCCGAUCUGAUGAAGAGACCACAUCAAAUAGGAAACUGGCAAAGGAAUUGGUUGAUAAAUGGAGUCGACCUAUAUUCCAAAAGAGCACCCGCUAUGAGGAUAUGCGGCGUUUUGAUGAUGAAAAAGUUCCUUUCCGUAGACCAUCUGCUAAGAAGCCUGUGACAAAUGCUGCUGGAUUGGAGUCUAGAGAUGAUGAUCUUGAUUUACCCGAAUUUUCUCAGGAGCAAAAAUCUGGCCAAGCAGCUGGCAGGAUGCAUACCUAUCGGCCAGAAGCUUUGCCUCUGGAUUUUGUUGUACGACCUCAGUCCAAGGUUGACCCAGAGGAAGUUAGGGCACGGGCAAAGCAGCUUAAGCAGGAUGAACGCCGGAUGAAGAUGAACAAGAAGCUACAACAACUGAAAGCCCCAAAGAAGAAGCAGCUUCAAGCCACAAAAAUAAGCGUGGAGGGCCGGGGGAUGGUCAAGUUCUUCUAGACCGUCGAUCGAAUCUCGCUUCAUAAUUGUCCCAACAGUGUAAUAAUUGGUAUGCAACAUUUGGGUUUAUACCAAAUAUGUGGUGAAAUAAAUGGGAACAGUUAAGCUUCAGCGUCUUGAUA